GUAUUGAAAUUCAGUGGUUCCUAAUCAAGUCUUCAACCUUGGUAUUUUAAUUAUCUUAACUAAAGAUACAGAAUCUUCAGACUAACCAACUAUUUCAUAUUUAAGCUAAAUAAUAUUCCAUUAAAUGUUAAGGAUGUUAACAGUUUUAAUUGCGUGGCUAAACUCAAAUGGAAGAACCUUUUGAACAAUACACGGUCAAUUUGGAUUCAUAUGGUGAAGUCUUUAAUGUUUUCCCAGGCUGGGGAGAAACACUCAGCGUUCCUACAAAGACUGACAAUUCUUGGGGUGAGCCGCCACUUCCAUCUACCACGGUCGAUAAUGGAACUUCAGCAUGGGGCAAACCUCCCAAUGGCAGCUCAAGUUGGGCAGAUAAUACUGCAGAGUCAACGGGGAAUUUUGGUAGAGGGAAUGCUUCAGCUGCUGUCCCGACAAUGUGCAAACCAGCCUCCAAAUCUAUGCAAGAAGGUUGGGUCAGCGGUGGAGAUGAAAUAGGCCUGACUAGUAGCCAUCAUCCUAACUGGGAAGAGGACGAUGGAGAGAUGGGAAUGUGGAAUAACGCGGCUUCUCAGGAGAGCAACUCUUCCUGCAAUUCAUCAGGCUGGGGGAAUGCCAACAAGAAAGUGCAUCCAAAGGGCAUGAAAGCAUCAAAUAAACAAGAGGAGACUUGGCUUAUGAACCGCCUGAUUAAACAGUUGACUGAUAUGGGCUUCCCUAGGGAACCAGCAGAAGAGGCUCUGAAAAGUAAUAACCUGAAUUUAGAUCAAGCUAUGGGUACACUAUUAGAAAAAAAAGUGGAGAUGGACAAACGUGGAAUGGGAAUGUCAGAUUACAAUGGAAUAGUUUCUAAACCACUUGGCUGCCGACCACCUUCUAUCCCCAAAGAGUCUUCCAUGGAUCGGCCCACCUUUUUUGACAAGCUCACCCUAUCCUUCUCUAAUCAGGAUGGCGGCCUAGUGGAAGAGUCCCCUACUUCACCAUUUUUGCCUUCACCAAGCCUGAAGCUUGCCCUUUCAAAUAGUGCACACCCUAAUCAGGCCCUUGGUGCCAUUGCCUCGGGGCUGGGCAUGCAAAACUUGAAUUCUUCUAGACAGAGUGGCAAUCUAGGUAUGUUUGGCAAUAGUGGAGCAGCACAAGCCAGGACCAUGCAGCAGCAACAGCAGCCGCCAGUGCAACCUCUUAACUCAUCCCAGCCUAGUCUUCGUGCUCAAGUGCCUCAGUUUCUAUCCCCUCAGGUUCAAGCACAGCUCUUGCAGUUUGCAGCAAAAAACAUGGGUCUCAACCCUGCACUAUUAGCCUCGCCAAUUAAUCCUCAACAUAUGACUAUGUUAAACCAACUCUAUCAGCUGCAGCUGGCCUACCAGCGUUUACUCUUCCAGCAGCAGAUGUUACAGGCCCAACGUAAUGUUUCUGGAACCAUUCGACAACAAGAGCAGCAAGUUGCACGUACAAUCAACAACAUGCAGCAGCAGAUCCAACAACACCAGCGGCAGCUGACCCAGGCCUUGCUUAUGAAACAGCAACCUCCACAUCCACCAUUGCACCCAUCUGCAGGCAAAGUAACCAUUGAUAAUCUGAGUCAUCACCCAUCUCCCAGCCUUUCAGACCUGCAGACCAAAGAGCAGCAAACAUCACCCAAUUCUUUCCCUGCAUAUUCCUUGGCUGGAUUGAUCCCGAAUAUGAAUGUAAGCAACAUGGAGCUAAGUGGUGGUAUAUCCAUGAAGGAUUCAGCUCAAGCUCAAUCUCGAUUGAGGCAGUGGACCCACCCAAACUCGAUAGAAAAUUUAAGCAGUAAUUCUUUACCGCUGGACCAGAGCCAGAGCAAGCAUGGUGCUAUCCCUGGAGGUCUCAAUAUUGGUCCAACAAGCAAGCCCUCCCUUGAGGACUCCUACAGUCCAUAUGAUCUGAUAACCAGCAGUGAGUCACCAGCCAGUCCUCCGGUACCAGUCAGUGAUAGCUGGACACGUGCCAAAUCCCCUGCCGAUAAGAUCUCAAAUGGCUCCAACAUUAACUGGCCACCAGAGUUUCGUCCUGGGGAGCCAUGGAAAGGACUACAGAAUAUCGACCCUGAGACUGAUCCUAAUGUUACACCUGGAAGUGUCCCCAGUGGACCUUCCAUUAAUACUACUAUCCGGGAUGUGGAUCGUUACCUGCUCAGGGACAGGAGUGGAGGGUCAUCCCCAACAUCAUCUCAGAACGCCACGCUGCCUUCAUCUAGUGCCUGGUCCUUCAGUGCCUCUGGCUAUACUAGCUCUUUCAGCAGCUCUACAUCUGCACCUAAUACUGCAGCUAAACUGACAGAUAAAUCCACUUGGUCAUCUGGACCCAUUGCUCAAACUCAACCAUCUCUAUCGCAUGAAUUAUGGAAAGUGCCGCUAGGAUCCAAAAACACUAGGCCACCACCAGGCCUGACAAACACCAAGCCAUCACCAUCCUGGGGUGUCAGUUCACUCGGACUUGUCUCAAGCUGGCCAAGCUCUUAUUCCUCCAAUUCUGCUUGGAGUACUGACAGCUCUGGAAGAAACAAUAGCUGGCUGGUUCUCCGAAACCUCACACCCCAGAUCGAUGGUUCGACUUUGCGGACUUUAUGCAUGCAACAUGGUCCAUUGAUAACAUUCCAUCUGAACCUGACCCAAGGAAAUGCUGUGGUUCGCUACAGUUCCAAGGAAGAAGCAGCUAAGGCCCAGAAAUCUCUGCACAUGUGCGUUCUGGGAAACACUACCAUCCUCGCUGAAUUUGCUAGUGACGAGGAAGUUAACCGUUUCUUUGCACAAGGUCAAACACUGACACAGACCUCUAGCUGGCAGUCUAACACAGGAACCAAUCAGAGCCGACUUGGGUCAAGCACCAACUCUCACGGAUUGGUCCGCAAUGACCUGGGUCACUGGAAUACUACAAGCCUGAGUGGGAAAGGAGCAAAUGACCUUCUAUGGAGUGGUGUCCCCCAAUACUCCAGCAGCCUCUGGGGGCCUCCAAACAGUGAUGAUACCAGAGUAAUUGGCAGCCCUACGCCUAUAAACACCUUGCUCCCUGGUGACCUUCUCAGUGGAGAAUCCAUGUAGGGAAAACUGACUAUCUUGUGGAGCUAACAAUCAGCACUAAACAACCCAAUUUUGGGCAUCAUAUUGACCCUUGAUCCACAACCUUUUUUGGUUGGGUAUGGAGGGUGGGCAGGGAAAUGGGAGGGAGGGAGGGAAAGGGGCAUGGAAAAGUCUACUUUUGUGAGCCUGGGUUUAGUAUGCACAUUACCCUUGCUUUCAUUAUUUCGUUUGAUCCCAAAAACAUAUCAACACAAAUACUUGAAUCAAGCAGGCCAAUAAUGAAAUGUGAAAACCGUCUAAUUUACACUUCCAAGAUGUUGUCAUCACAAAUAGGCUCAAACAAAAAAAGGUUUGUUUGUGUGUGUGUGUGAGAGAGAGAGAGAGGAUUCAGAUGUAUGAGUGUGUAUGAAAUCAGUGUGUUUUUCUUUCUUUAUACAGUAUAUGCUUUUAUUUGCUUGUCAGUCAAAUUAUUAGCUUCUAACUUUGCACUGAGUGUAUGCAGCCCCUCCAGCUAAUCUUACAAAGGGGGCCAGCAGCAAUUCAUGUGUAAAUGUUUACUCAAGGACGCUCUUAAACAGUGUAUGCUCUGGAGAUGAUGUGUAUACCUACCUUUAGUGGCUUUUUUGUGGACUAAUGCAAGAGAAUUAUUACAGGAGUAUUGCACCAGUUUUCUUUCAGAGUAUAAAAUUUAAAAAAAUUUUAAAAAUGCUCUAGUUGAACUGUGGCCAUAGCUACACAAUAGAGCGGACCCAGCCUGCAAGCAGGCAAGGGGAAGCACUUGGACUGCAAAUUUUUGUGACUGAUUUGGAGGUGCCUAUGUCUGGUAUCCUCCUGUUUACAAACUUUUCGGAACUUUAGAAAAAGGAAAAAUAAAAUGAAAAAAGGACAGUUACUCUUCCAUCAAAACCUAUUUUCAGAAUGAAGAUGUGCUACUUCAGAACUCUGGGAAUGAACAGUGUUGUAUUUUUUUGGCCAUUGUUGUGUAUUUUUUCCUUCGUAAAUGUUUGCUCACUUUCUUGCACACAGUGGAUGAUGUCUCAGGAAGGCCUGAAUUUUCUGGGGAGCUACUCCACGCCAUUUCAUGUAUUUUAACCCAACCUCUAGCACUGAAGAAAAGAAGAAAAUACCUGUUUAUUCUGUAGCAGUUACUUAUUUACCAAAUAAUGGACACAACAAUGUUUGAAGAGUGCUUUAUGAAAUGCUUUAUGUUUUAAAAAGAAAUCAAUGCUUUUGAUUGUGUUAAAGACAAUGGACUAACAUACUUUACAGUAUGUUACUGUAAAAACUCUCCUUGUCCCAGCCUGCUUUGAUCAGGUAACUUGUGCAUUAACUUUGGAUAGGUUUUUAUUGGUUUUAUCGAGCUGUUGUUGGCAAGUGAAAAGCUGGUUUAGAGGAUCAUGAACUAUGCACAAAUGGGUUCAAGACUUUGUUUUUCCUGGAUUUUAGUAGAGUGUAUUUACUUGUUUCUUCUCAGAAGGUAUUUACAUCUCAUUGCCAUUAUGUAUAUUCCAAGCCGAAAAUAGUCUUGAGUUGUAGAAAAAGCCUGACUUUAAAGAUUUAGGGGGUUGUGGGGGGGGGGGGGGGUGCGGAGGCGGAAAUGGGUAUGAACGUCUGUGUUAUUUCAUUUUUGCCUUUGAUUUAUAAAUGUUGAUAAUCCAAGUUUUGUUUUUAAAGUUGGUGGCUUUUAACAUUUUCUCCUCAUAGAAUGUGAUUGUAAAACAUAUGCACAGAAGAUUGCUUUGUUGGGCUUCUUGAGAACUAUCAUUUGCAGGUUUUGUUCCCUUGCAGUUGAACAAGAUCAAUUAAUGCAUUAUCUGUUUGAAAUGAAGGAUAAUUUUCAUUCACUUACACUGAGCAGAUCCUAAAGAGUCAGUAUGUUGUGGUUAAGCUGCUUUCCUGUUCUAUUCAUUGUUUACUCUGAGGUAGCAGAUUACCAUGAUGUAUUGCAUUAACUGGAUAUACUCGGUUUACUAAAGAGGUUGCCCCAUCAGCUCUAUAAAGAUGGUGCUCUAAGUGGCUCUGAAACAUUAAAUGGUGAAUACUUAAUAAACUACAUCAGAAACAAACCUUUUAAACCAAUUUAGGAAACCUUUUUUCCCGAAGUAUAUAGUGCUAUGUUGAAAGUCUAUUGAUAAAAUUCCCCAAUUUAAACUAAUCAUCAAACCAUUCCAUGAGUUUGACGCCCUGGUCUGGUACCAGUGUAUGUAUGUGUGUGUGUGUGUGUGUGUGUUUGUGUGUGUGUGUAUAUGUAUAUAUAUUAUAUGUGUGUUGGCAAUUUAUAUCCACCCACUUGCUUGUCAAGUGCAGCCUAUACAAAACCCUGUGAUUAACUGAGAUUUAAUUUGUAACUGCAAAGUAACACCAGCAUUCCAAAUUUGUGUGGUCUGAUUUGAAGAGGAAUUAUACUUCUAAUACCAGAUUGCUAUUGGAAGUGUUAAUGAAGAAUUUUGGCUGCACCUCCUUUUUUGGAAAAAAAAAGGUGGCAUUUGUUUUGGGUUUCAGUGCACAUUGUGAAAUUUGACUAUCCUAACCUGCCAAAUGAUUCAUGGAGGUUUGCUCACCUUGAAAUUUGUUUUGAAGAAUUAGAUUGCUGUAUAUAAAAGGCUUUUGUAUAUAAUCUGCUAGGGUUCAAACUCUAUUAGAGAUAUGUUAUGUCAAAGCACUGUUGUAAUUUGAAAUUAGUUACUCACUUUUAAGCAGUUUCAGAGCCCAAUGGAAGUGUUCAGUAUGGAUGUGAGAUAUCAAAUGUCAAUGCCACCUCCAGCACUAAGAGGAAUUUGUGAUUUUGUUAAAAAGUGGAACUUGUUUUUUAAAGAAACUGUCCAAACUUUACUUUGUUGAGAUAACAAAGCACAAUUAGCUUAAUUAAAUGACAAAUAAAAACAAAUGUUCAGAGAAACAAGGAUUUUUCAGGUGAAACAUUUGGAUGUUUAAAUGCAUUUGAAAUUAAAGCUUGAUUUGGAUUCACCCACAUAAGUAAACAAGUUUGAUCCAUUUUGUUUACUUUAAUGGAUACCCCUCCCUUUGCAUGUUUCCUUAUAACAGAACAAGCAACAGAACUGACACAAGCCAGAGCAUUGAAAAGUUGUGACAACCAUUGUGCGUGCAUACUUUGUGCAGCAAAUAUUCGUCCAAAUCAAGUUUUCACCUUGUAAUGUUAAAACAUAUUUUCAUUUUUGCUGGUAGAGUAUGUAUUAUUGAAUCAACAAUGAAUAAAAGAUUACGCCUCCA